AUGCUUCUUAAGUUCCGGAGGCAAUGCGGAGAGGAGACAAAGCAAGAGUCUGAGUUGCAAACAAAGUCGAUCAUCCAGGCCCAUGCAGUGGGUGUUUCACCCAGUUCCCUCGGCGCAGAUCCUGCGGGCAAGGCCAACGAGCUCAUUCGAUUGCGUCUUCCAGGCGGGCAGCUCAUUCAGGUAGAGGAGGCUGUUGCCCUGCUCAUCAAGGCCCUGGUGUCUGUGGCGGAGCUCUACCUCAAGCAGCCGGUCAAGCGGGCUGUCCUAGGCGUCCCGGCCCGAUGGACCAAGGCUCAGCGUUACGCGCUUGAGUACUCCGCCAAGCUUGCAGGGCUGACGUCGGUCCGGCUCAUUCCGGAGCCAGAGCUCGCAGUCAGGGCCUACGGCGUGCGGGCCAGCCCAAACGCACACAUCAUUACAGGCGGCGGGAACCUGGGCGCGAAGCCCAUGGGCUUAGCGGGGAACGCGGAGCUGGAUGAUCUCCAGCAACGCAUUGAAGAGGACCCCUACUCUGCAUCUCAAGAAGACUGGAGGCAGCACAUGGAAGUUGAGAUGAAACAGCAGGAUCCGACCUUGAAGCACAUCCUUGUUGCGGAUCUCGGUGGCGGAACCUUUGAUGUCUGCAUUGUACGGAAGUGGGUGGAGUGGGACGAAAUCCACAUGCUUUGCACCAGCGGUGACGAGCGCUUGGGAGGCGACGACUUCGACCAAGCUCUCGCAGAUUGGGUCCUCAAAGAGCUGAAGUCAGAGCUGACACAGCGGCGGAGGUGGCCCUUGCCUGCUAUUGAGAGACAGAAGCUGCUGGUGCAGGCACGCAAGGCCAAGGAGCGGCUGUCGAGCAGCGACACAGCCGACAUCCUCCUGGAUGAUCUCCAGGUGACUGUCAGCAAGGACAACUUCCGAGUUGUUUGCCUGGCCGUGCUAGAGCGCAUGUUGCAGCCCAUUCGCGAAGCGGCGUAUGGCGCGCACUUGCGCCUGCCUUUCGAAAGCCUGGCGAUUGAGACCAUGGAUGCCGCCGGAAGGGCCCGGAAGAGGAAGUUGAGCCAGAAGGACCUCCAAAGAAAGACCCGCUCCUUGCGGGCAAAGCACAAGUCCAGCGACGUGGAGGACCGCGAGGAAAUCAUGGUGGACGAAAUCCUGCUUAUCGGCGCAGCGACCUGGACGCCAGCCGUUCGUGAGAUGCUGACUCUGUGCACUGGGGUGCAACCCACUAGCGCGGUCAUUGAUCCGGAGACGGCCGUGGCUCUCGGCGCAGCAAUCCUGGCAUCCAUCAUGGACAACCAGAUGGUUGACAUGCAGGUGCAUUCUAACUGGCGCGCGGCCUGGACAAAGUACCUGCUGGAGCGCCCGGAGCUGGUCGAGAAGAUGGAGGCCGAGAGGCGACAGAAGGCCGCAACGGUUCCCAGCACCGAGCCUCCCGCGUGA